AUGAGGCUGCUGCUGGUGCUCGCACUAUUGACCCAAUUUGCACUAUCCUAUAAAAUUUUAGUAUUUUCCCCGGCAACUAGUAAAUCGCAUUUAAUAUCGAAUGGAAGAUUGGCUGAUGAACUCGCGCAAGCUGGUCAUGAUGUGACUGUUCUAGAAUUGGAUUUCCUGGGUAUAUCAGAAACCACAAAUAGUGUGAAGAAAGCAAAAAAACGCAUUAUUGGCGGAUUUGAACAAGCUACGCAAUUCAAAAAUGUUCUCUUAGGUUUCUCCGAAACUGUAAUGGAAGAACCAAGUUUCACAGACGAGGUGAAAGGUUGGUGGGCUUAUCAAAAUGUGUACAAUGAUCUCUGUGCAGAAUUUCUGGAGAAUGAUAAAGUGUUCCACGAAUUGAAAAAAGAAAACUUUGACGGCUUUUUUGCUGAGCAAAUUAAUCUCUGUGGAUUUGGAUAUGCUCACGCGUUGGGUAUCCAGAGACGUUUUUUGAUUUCCAGCUGUCCAUUUUCUGCCCCUGUCUACGAUUUUACUGGUCUACCGAUGCCAACUUCGACAGUUCCAUUUGCUGCCGACAUGAGUGAUGAUCCAUCGUAUUACGAGCGUGCGAGAAACUUCUUGGCCGCCGUUGUUACCAAGUUCGAGUUUAUGAUGCUAAAUAGUCGGUUGCACGAACAUUUUUUGCACAAAUGGGGAGCCGACUUUCCAUCCCCAGCUAGCAUUGCAAGCAACGUUGAUGUCAUUUUCAUUGCCACCGAUGAAGUGAUUGACAUUUCUACCACUACAUUGCAAACGAUUGUUCAUGUUGGAGGUCUUGGUGUUGAUGACGAUAUCACCGAGAUGGACAAGGUGUUUUCCAAUGAAAUGGAGAAAGGGAAACUUGGAGUUAUCUACUUCUCUCUCGGCACUAUAGCAAAUACCACCAAAAUUGAUAACAAAGUUAUGAUUAGUGUCUUGAAUAUUGUCAAAAAAUUCCCAGAUUAUCACUUCAUAAUCAGAGCUGAUAAAUACGAUAUUAGUACGAGACAGCACGCAAAGGAAGUUUCGAAUGCAUUUGUAUCUGAUUGGCUACCGCAAACUUCACUGCUUCAUCACCCCCGUCUCAAGUUAUUCAUUACUCAUUCUGGAUACAACAGCAUUGUAGAAGCUGCACGAGCUGGAAUUCCACUAAUUAAUAUACCGUUCAUGUUUGACCAGAACUUAAACAGUCGUGCUGUUGAGAAAAAAGGAUGGGGAAUCCGCAGGCUUAAGAAUCAAUUGCUCUCGCAACCAGAAGCAAUUGAAGAGGCUAUUAACGAAAUAAUCCACAAUAAAAAAUACUCAGACAAAGCAAUUAGAAUAAGAGAUCUCAUCAAAUCCAAACCUCUCAGCGCCUCUCAGCUUCUUGUCAAAACCACAGAAUGGGCGAUCAAAAACAACGGAUUGGACGAGUUGAAAUUUGAAAAUCGCGGACAAACCACAUGGACUUAUUACAAUCUUGAUGUGAUUCUUCCAAUCUUAUGGAUAGUUUUCGCUUUUAUCAUUCCCACUAUUUUUGGAUGGUACAAGUUCAGCUGCUUUGGACAUAUUGAAGAAAAGUCUAAAACUAAAAGUAAAAAAGAAUAA